AUGGUGUUUGACGUUUCCGAGGGAGCGGCCUAUGCCGUCCUAUACUGCGUUUUGUGCUUCUUCACCCUUUUGGGUUUGGGUGCCGCGGGCUACUUGAACAAACUACCCAGCGUGUUGACGUCCUGUUGCAUGCUGAAUCAGAAUGAAAGCGUCGGCGAGACGGACUACUUCUUGAGUGCCCGUAAUUCGGCCGGUACGUCGGCGAUUGCCCUGUCCUUCUUUGCUUCGGGUAUGGGGGCCUGGAUCUUGUACGGAACUACCGAAAUGGGUGCCACCCCCCAGCUUUCCUGGCUGGGUGUGAUGGGCUACUCUACCGCCAGUUCCUUUCCAGCCGUCGUUAUCUGCUGGUUGGGACCCAUGGUGCGAGCACGUUCCACCGAAGCCUUUUCGACGACGGAUUUUGGACUCCAACGUUACGGACGAGUGAUGCAAAUCUCCAUUGCGGCCAUUUCCGUCUUUUACAUGUUCAUCUUUAUCGUGGCGGAACUCACGGCGAUUUCCAACAUUUUCGCCCUACUGACCGGCAACAAUUCCAAAAUCUACGGUAUUGGUAUUACUAUUGCGAUUGGUGUGUUUACAAUCAUUUACACGACCCUCGCGGGAUUGCCGGCAUCGAUUGUGACGGAUAGGUUUCAGGGCGGAAUUGUCGCCCUCCUCAUCAUUAUGUUGACCUUGGCCGUAACCAUUUCGGAUGAAAACAGAAUCACGCGCGAUGAAUUCGCCUUGGCCAGUAACUUCACCAUCCAAGGACUCAAGGCUGCCGUCACCUUGGUCAUCGCCAUUCUCUGUGCUGAACUCUUCAAUCAGGGUACCUGGCAGCGUGUCUGGGCCGCCGAAUCCAUACCCGUCAUGCGUCGUGGAUUUGCCAUUGGUUCCGCCAUGGUCUUUCUCAUAAUGAUGUUUUUUGGAGUCAUGGGGAUGAUUGCGUACGCCAAAGAUCCGGAAUCCUACGACAACUUUGAAAAGUUUGCCUUUCUGGCGUUCUUCGAUCUCUUGCUGCCCCUCGGGAACGGAUGGCACGUGCUUGUGCUUAUCCUUGUCACGGCAUUGGCGGCCAGUUCCAUUGACAGCCUCCAGAACGGUUUGACCAGUGUUUUUGCGCACGAUUUGCUCAAAGUUGGUUGGAAUCCUAUCUGGGCCGCCCGUGCAUUGAUGGUCGCCGUUAACGUUCCCGCCAUUUGGUUGGCCAGUAGAAAGUGGGACGUGAUUGCCCUUUUCUUGGUUGCCGAUUUGGUUUGCGCCACCUCGGUAUUCCCCGUCUUUUUGGGAUUGCAGACUAAAGAUUUCGGUAUGUUCAAGGCCCCUACCGAGUUGGGCGCCUUUAUGGGAUGCGUUUCGGGCAUUGUGACGGUCCUGGUCAAUGGCGUUGUCAACGAUGCCGAAGGUGGUAUCUUUAAAUACUUUUGGUUGCGCAACAAUGCCAUUUGCGCUCUCUGCGGUAGCGCAACCAUGAUCAGUUUCAUCAUUACACCGGCGGUCAGUUUCGUCAUGACGUAUGUCUUUACGUACGCUGAUCUUUUGGUUCGCGGAGAGCGUGCUCGUCAGCCAUUGAUCGCUCUCGCAUUCGACAAGGACAACGAGACGGCGGAAAAGUUCGAGGAGGAGAGUGUUGGCAUGGAAUACAAUGAAGAGAAAAGUACCAGCGGGCAGGCUGUCGAAGAGGAAAGUACCCACCACAAUGAGGUUGAGGGAAGCCCAUUCGAACCGAAGCACCGCUCGGAUGAAGACAUUGCGUAAAUAUGCAACCUUCGUGUCUCGAGGAGGCACAUCAACAGUAAGAAAGAAAUUACUUGAAGUGAAAGAAUCAAAAAAAGGACCAUGAGAUUGGAAAGAUAUAUAUAUGUAUGAAAAUAUAAACGUGACACCUGGUGGUCGCAUUUGUUUGCGGGAGCUGAUGACGCUGAGAUAUUGCAAGUUUGACUUCAAUUACCGUUUGAACCUGAUCGGGGUAAUGCCUGCGUGAGGGAACAUCAAAUGAGAACAACUGUGUUACAAUAAGGGGACGAUGUGAAUUGAUGAGACAAGGGCGACAUGGACGAUGUAUCGGUUGAGAUGGAUAUUGAGACCGAGUACCCACCGUGUAGCCAUAAUUGUUGAGCUAGUUUACAUUGAUUCCU